GGCGCCUCUCCAUGUGCAUCCCACCAUGCUCCCCAUCCUCCUCCCCACUGGCACCUACGAGCCCCAUCUUCAACGAUCGACUUCACCUCAUCGAGAAUCGCUCGCAACAUUAAUAUCAGCCUCAUCAAGUCGCCGGCAUCCGUCAGGUCGCGACUUCACAAAUACGCAGCACCCGUUCGCCUCCAACACCCCUCCCACCACCCACAAUGUCGAACCGUCAAAUGGCUCGCGACAUGAACGUCGAGUUCCAGGCCCGCUUCCAAGCGAAGCAAGCCCGUCGCGAAGCCCAAAAGGCGGCCAAGCAAGAUCCGGUCCUCAAGAAACAGAUUCAAGAACUCCUCAAGAAGGGCGAGACGCAAAAAGCCUACCAGAAGGCCAAGAUGCUGCUCAGCAAGCAGGCGCUCGCUAGCCAGAUGGACCAGAUCGCCGACAUGGCAGAGCUGAACGCCAGCCAGAUCCAAGCGAACAACGCCAUGAACAAGAUGACGCACAUGAUGGGGCAGAGUUCCAAGGUGAUGAAUGUGGCGCAGAAGAAUGCCAACCCGGAAAAAACUCUCCUCACUCUCGAGCAGUUCAAGAACCAGAACGAGGAGUACGCUAUGAGCAACAAUAUCUACUCGGACGCCAUGACGCAGUCCACCUCGGCGCAGGUUCCCGAGGAUGCUGUACACGAGCUCCUGGGCAAGCUGGCCGACGACGCGGGCUUGGAGCUGAGCAAGGAGCUGAACCAGGCGACCCCCGCGAAUGCAGAGCCAGCCGGCGCGGAGCCGACUGCAGAGGAGGAAGACAAGCUGCAGCAGAGGUUGCGCGCUCUGAGGGCAUAGACACAUCAUUUUCUGGGACACAACGGCGUUCAGCGGGUAGGCGCCUAGGUUUGAAUGGAUUGGAUUGCACAUUGCGGGAAUGAUUGCGUAUAACGUUUGUGUAUGUGAAUGAUUACAACAUGGUUGUGUUU